GACGUCUGUGCCUGGACAUGGCCGCUGCCGAUGCCGGGUCCUUGAGCUGAGCGCCCGCUGCGGAGCUAAUCGCCGCCGUCAACUGUCCGGGCGGGCCGGGCCCAGGCACCGGGACGGCGAAGAGCCACCGAGGAAGCGCAGGCCGCCGUAGGAAGCCGCCGCGGCGGGCACAUGGCGUCCAUCUUGCUCAGGAGCUGCCGCGGCCGGGGCCCUGCUCGCCUCGCGCGUCCCCGGGCCGCCUCCCCGCGCGGCAGUCUGAGGGAUCGAGCCUGUGUCAGCUGUAUCCGGACCGUGGGGUUGAUAAGCCAUGAGAAUGUUCUAUCUCGUUGCUGUACUUCAGCCAACCCUGUGUACCUCUGCUUCAAAGGCGAGCCCCUCAGUUGUUGGACUCAGAGGCCUGAGUGCCAGGGCACUGUGGCUAGGGCAACAUGGACACCUGCAUCUGCGAGGUUGGUUGUUACAGGACCUCAGUACCUUCCUGUGCGUGGCUGGCACUCAUCAUCCCCCCUAGGAGAGGACUCUGUGAUAGAGAAGUCCCUUAAGUCCAUAAAGGACAAGAGUAAGAAGCUGGAAGAGGGAGGCCCCGUGUACAGCCCGCCAGCCGAGGUGGCAGUGAAGAAGUCCCUGGGGCAGAAGGUACUGGACGAGCUGAAGCACUACUACCAUGGCUUCCGCCUGCUCUGGAUCGACACCAAGAUAGCCGCCCGAAUGCUGUGGCGCAUCCUCAAUGGCCAUACACUGACCCGCCGGGAGCGCAGGCAGUUUCUCCGGAUUUGUGCAGACCUCUUCCGCCUAGUGCCCUUCCUGGUGUUCGUGGUGGUGCCCUUCAUGGAGUUCCUGCUGCCCGUAGCUGUUAAGCUCUUCCCCAACAUGCUGCCGUCCACAUUCGAGACCCAGUCCAUCAAGGAGGAAAGGCUGAAGAAAGAGCUUCGGGUGAAGCUGGAGCUGGCCAAGUUUCUCCAGGAUACCAUAGAGGAAAUGGCCCUGAAGAACAAGGCAGCCAAGGGGAAUGCCACCAAAGAUUUCUCUGCAUUUUUCCAGAAGAUCCGGGAGACAGGAGAGAGACCCAGCAAUGAGGAAAUCAUGCGUUUUUCCAAAUUGUUUGAGGAUGAACUGACCCUGGACAACCUCACGAGGCCUCAGCUGGUGGCGCUGUGCAAGCUGCUGGAGCUUCAGUCCAUCGGCACCAACAACUUCCUGCGUUUCCAGCUCACCAUGCGCCUGAGGUCCAUAAAGGCUGAUGAUAAACUGAUUUCUGAGGAAGGAGUGGACAGUCUGACUGUCAAGGAAUUGCAGGCAGCGUGUCGAGCACGAGGUAUGCGAGCACUUGGCGUCACGGAAGACCGUCUGAAGGGCCAGCUCAAACAGUGGCUGGACUUACACCUGCAUCACGAGAUCCCCACCUCAUUGCUCAUACUGUCCCGGGCCAUGUACCUCCCAGACACCCUCUCGCCUGCUGACCAGCUCAAGUCCACCUUGCAGACCCUUCCAGAGAUCGUGGCAAAGGAAGCUCAGGUGAAAGCAGCAGAGCUGGAGGGCGAACAGGUGGACAACAAGGCGAAGCUGGAGGCCACACUGCAGGAAGAGGCCGCCAUCCAGCAGGAACACCUGGAAGAGCUGCAGAGGGCUGCCGAGGCUGUGAAGGACAUCCGGCCAGAAGUAGCAGAAGCCACUGUCCCUGGGAGGCCAGGGCCCAUGCUUCAGCCAGAGGUGCCUGAUGUGAUCCUGCCCUCAGAGGCACUGAAGGAUACGGCACCUGUGCUGGAAGGUUUGAAGGGAGAAGAAAUAACCAAGGAGGAGAUUGACAUCCUCAGUGAUGCCUGCUCUAAGCUAAAGGAGCAGAAGUCGUCCCUGACCAAGGAGAAGGAGGAGCUGGAGCUGCUGAAAGAAGAUGUGCAGGACUACAGUGAGGACUUACAGGAGAUCAAGAAGGAACUUUCAAAGACAGGUGAUGAGAAAUACAUAGAAGAAUCCAAAGCUAGCAAGAGGCUGACAAAGCGAGUCCAGCAGAUGAUUGGGCAGAUUGAUGGCCUCAUUGCACAGCUGGAGACCAGUCAACAGAAUGGCAAGCUGGGCCCCGAUGAGAGCUCUCUGGCAGGGGAGAGUGUCAUCAGUGUCAGUGAGCUCAUCAGCGCCAUGAAGCAGAUCAAGGACAUUCCAGAACACAAGCUCAUCAGUUUGGCCUCAGCCCUGGAUGAGAACAAGGAUGGCAAUAUCAACAUCGAUGACCUUGUUAAGGUAAUUGACUUAGUGGACAAAGAAGAUAUUCAGAUCUCUACCACCCAGGUGGCUGAAAUUGUGGCCACACUAGAGAAGGAGGAAAAGGUGGAAGAGAAGGAAAAGGCCAAGGAGAAGGCUGAGAAAGAGGCUGCAGAAGUGAAGAAUUAGAGCUGCCUGCUUUCGGCGUCUGCCAUCAUCAUGCUACACCAACCACAGUGGGGAUGACACAAGAGUGGUUGCUUUGAGGUGAUUCUUAGUGGCAAAUCUAAUAUUUUGUCUGGAAUAAAUCAGAAACUUCCAUAAUCAAGUAAUUUUAAAUUUUCAUCAUUCCACGAAGAUUCAGUCAGGCUGGAGCCCUAGAGCCCUCUGGGUCUUAGACUCAUGCCAUGGUGUGGUACUAAAUGGCCCUAACCCUUGAGUUAAGGGUACAGCUACCAAUAGGAUCAUAGCCCCACACUGACCCCUAGCUUCAGAGAGUGCUCUGGCCAGGCUCAGUAGGAAGACAUUUCUUUACUGGCUCAGGCUCUGACCAAGUCUCCAUCCCUUGAGAAGAAAUCGAGGAGCACCUGGACUCCCAGCACCUGUGUGGAGCCAAGUGGAUAUGCCUGCAUGUCCUCAGAGGCCUUGGGCUAGGAGUUAGACAAACACAAAUGCCGGCCUUCUCCGUGCUGAAGACAGCAGUCAGUCUGAGGACUUGGGAUUCCUAAAUACCAGUGUACAUAGAUCUGUCUGCUCACACCUCCACAGUUGUCUUAACCACGCACAGGUCCCUGACAGCAGUGUCUGUCCUGUAUGGAUUCUGCCUGGUGACUGGAGCUUUCUCAAUCUACCAUUGAUUUCCACCUAAUCAUUCUUUAACUGACUAGUACUGAAUUUUCAUACAUGACCGUCCGCCUAAUUCAUGAGUAAUUCCUAACAUAGUGACACACACUGAAGAAGCCUUUGGAAAUGAAUCUUUUUUUCUAUCAGGCAGUCUGUAUUGCUGAACAGGUCUGGAAGAUAGAACUGAUGUCUGCAGCCUGAAUAUACCUGAAGCUUUGUGUGGCUUUCAACAUAAAAUAUAAGUCCUAUUACAGGACAGUGGCCAAGAUGGGGCUUCACAAGGGAAUCUCAGCAUGCUGCAGGCUCAGGCUCCAUGAGCAAAACCACUCAUGGCUGUGCUCUUGCCCCUGGGGAGUGGUCCCACAGAGCUCAGCAUGGUGUCCCUGCCUGUCAGCAGCUCAUUGGCACCCCUCCGCGUGGAGCUCAGAGUCCAGUGGCCAGCAGCCUUUCUCUCUUGGAGAUGGCUCCUUGGGCAGGCCAGGGCUGGGCAUCCUGUGGUCUCACCACCACCGAGAAGCACAUCCUAGAAGCACUGGACUGAGUUCAGUUUGGGCUACAUAGCAAGACCCUGUUCAAAAAAACUCCUUCUUGACUCCAGACAGGAUUUGGAAGAUGUACAGAGAAGCAGCAACUAGAAUGGAAUUCUCACUUUCUUGAAACAUCUUUCUUGACCGUUAAGGAAGGAUAUGAGGUUAGGCAGGAACAAGAUGAUUCUUACACAUGAACCUGUGCAGAGAAACAGUGGAAGGAGCCUAGUGGAUGCGCGGUCACAUCUGUGAAUCCUGGCAGUCUGCUUCUAGCUGUCAGUAUAUACUUCUGAGGACAAGAUUGCAGUUGCCAAAUGUGUCCCCACAGUGGAGGGUGUCUCCUCUGACCAGCAUUCUGGAGCCUGUCCUGUGUUCACCUGUUGUCCUCAUCCUUCACUGUAUGACUCUUGACUGUUGCUGACUGAGAUUUCCCUGAUGACCCUCUACUCUGGACUCCGCCCUCACAGGUCACACCACCCUCCCACACAGGGCCUUAGCAUACGUGUGUGCCAGAAGGUCUAGCCUGAGUGCCCAUCUUGGUUUUUGGAGUUGUCCCUACAUCUGUUUGUUCGCUGACCUUACUUAGUACAGCUGGGUCACGUUUAGAAAUGGCAGCUCCACCGGCCAGUGACGACAGCACAUACCUUUACUCCCAGCAGAGGCAGAGAGAGGCCAUAGAGGCAGGUAGAUCUCUUCAAUUCCAGACCAGCAUGGUAUACAAAGUGAGUUCCAGGGCAGCGAUGGCUGUCACAGGGAAAGCUUGUCUUAAACUACCACCACCCUCCAAAAGAAAAAGAAAUGGCAGAUCCGGAACUGAGAACUGUACUCAAGCUGAGCAUUUGAGAACUGACUGCCUUUCACUGCUCUGCGUCUCAGCACUUGCCCAGAGUUGGUUUUCAGGAGCUGAAAUGUCUGUUAAAUGAAGCUAGAGUUUUAACGGGGGAGUCUGGCGUUCCUCUCUCCACUCCGAACCAGCUUCCCACACAGGAUUUGGGAAGUUAGCACCUAAAGUCUAGGCUCCUUUCGGGACUAUUAACAUCUUAAGUGUGAAGGGCACUUUACAGUUCUGGAAAGCCAUCCUCAUCAUGGUCUUGGGUUGUGCCUUCUGGGACCAUGGUAGGGGAGCAAGCUCUGUACUCUCGUCUGUCUUCCAUUGGUCCUAGAGCCUCCAGCUGGGUCAUGUGUAAACAUCUCCCAUGUGUCAGAACCCCAAGUGAUACUUCUGAACCCUAAGCAAUCUGAUCAGCAAAGAAAUCAAGUGGGAAUUCAGACUACCCUAACCUAACCUACACACUAAGGAUUUUGCUGUGGGCACCAGGUGUGCUCAGAUUUUAGACGGGCUUCACUCUCCCCUCAGUGAGUGCCAGCUCACAUUUGGGGGCUUAAGCCUUGGCUCCAGGCUCAGGCCUUGCGGGACCUACCCAAGGAGGCCUGUGCACCCUCACCGUGUGACACAGCCCAGCUCUGUGAAGGCUGGUAAGCAAGGGCUUCUUCGACUCCAGGCUGACCAGGGCCCUGGGGGGCUAGCAUGGUGGUUUCUCUCAACCCACUGUAAGGAGGCGACCGAAUAAAGUGCCACUGAUGA